UUUUUAGAAAAUUAAAUGGCUUGCAGUGUAUCCUUUUAUCCUUCUACGUCAUCAUCGUUAAGAAGCUACAGAAGGUAUGAAUCUAGUCUGAUUUUAUCUCGAGUAAAGGAAACUAGAGAACUAGAGAAGAAUGAAAAGGAUGAAAACAAUGAGACAAAUCGUCAUCAAGGACUAACGGCUCUUGACUUUCGUCUCAGGCGAGAUGAAAGGAAGCGAAGGCUGCAGAGAACGCAAAGUUAUAGAUCCUCUACGGUCCAAGAGACACCAGAGGACACGCCUCCUCAUCCUGUAGAAAAGAAAGAGGUUGUAGUAACUGACCGACUAGGAAACGAUAUAUAUGUUCUCGGAGAAACUAAUGAAGAUCGAAUUGCCAGGGAACUUGAUCAGUGGGUUAGGAAGAUGAAAACUGUUGGAACUUUAAAUACCGGACUUGAAGCUUUUAAAGAUAUCAAGGUCGGUGUUUAUCAGAGUGAUGUUCUGCAUGGUUCCCCCUCCUAUGAACCAUAUCCUAGUCUUAAAGAUAAAACCUUCACUUACACUGGUGGGAAGGAUUCAAAGGUAGGAGAAACAACAUGA